AUGACUAAAUGCUUUUGUUUAGAUUCCACCUGUCCGACCGGCUAUUGGGUACCGCCGAUAUUGAUGACUGCUUUCUUGCUGAUUGCGAACAUUUUACUGAUGAGCAUGCUUCUUGCCAUCUUCAAUAACAUUUUCGAGAACACGGAUCGUGUUUCCAAAGAAAUUUGGCUCUUCCAACGAUAUCGACAAGUGAUGGAAUACGAAAGCACGCCGUUCCUUCCUCCUCCGCUGACACCUCUCUAUCAUCUCUGGAUGAUUUUCAAGUAUAUUCGAAUUAAAAAGAAGUGUUCGAUAAACUCAAGGCUAAAGCCGAAAACGAAUUCAAAAUUGUUCGAUUUCGCUUUGAAGUUGUUUUUGAAUGCUGAUGAGGUGGAGAAAAUCCAUGAUUUCGAGGAAGAAUGUAUGGAAGAUUUGGCCCGUGAAAAAGAAUACAAAAAGAACACAUCAACGGAGGAGAGGAUACAUCGUACUGCUGAAAGAACCGAUCUUGUCCUUUUGCGGUUAAAUGAUCUCGCAAGCAAAGAUUCUGCCCUGAAAUCUUUGGCGCGUGAUUUCGACCGACGAUUGGAGGUGUUGGAAAAUCGACAGCGAGAAACGCUUGAUUAUGUACGGCAGCUAGCGAGUACCCUCGGUAAAGUAUCACCAAGCAGCAGUGGCUACGGUUUUUCCCCAGUGCCUCAGUCUGUUGGAUCGGCUGAUGAUCGUACUCAAGCAAGUCCUUCAAGUGCUCUGGGUGGUACUGAUACGGCACAGCUGCAAAGGCCCGGCUUUCUUCCUCGCCCCGAUCCUGUAAGUUUUGCAGUAAUAUUUUCUAAUAAAUGA